CUGCAUAAAUACAUUGUUGUGAUGGAAGAAGUGAAAGAAGCGCGAAAUCGAAAGUACAAUUCUCCCAGCCUUUUGUCCCCUGAAUUAGCUGAAUGACCAUUUAUUGUGGAUAAUUCCAAGCUGCCUUCUUUGCCACCAUGUUUCCUCUCCUGCUCCUACUCUUUGCUCUGCUCCCUUCAUCUCAUGGAGCUCAAAUACCAAGUCCAGACCAACCCAAGGAGAUCCCAGUAGCCACAAAUGGCCAGCUGUUUCCCUGGGACCGCAUGAGACUCCCCAAAACCAUCUCCCCACUCCACUAUGACCUGAGCCUCCACCCCAACCUCACCACCCUGGACUUCACCGGCGUCGUUCGCAUAGACCUGGACGUGCACGAAGACACCAGCGUUGUGGUUCUCCAUGCAAAGAAAAUGUACAUAUCAAGCGCGCUGUUGCUCGCGCCAGCGGGCACGAGGGUCCUCCAGGUUCUGGAGUAUCCUCGCUUUCAUCAGCUCGCCUUGAUGUCUGACGUGGUGCUGACCAAAGGCAGGAAGUAUGAGGUCCAGCUGGAGUUUGCUGCAAACCUGUCUGACAGCUACCAUGGGUUCUACAAGAGCAGCUACCGCACCAGCACCGGGGAGGUCCGGGUCAUGGCAUCAACACAGUUUGAGGCGACCUUUGCUCGUGGGGCCUUUCCCUGUUUUGAUGAGCCCGCCUUCAAAGCCAACUUCACCAUCCGGAUUAUUAGAGAGCCACGCCACAUUGCCAUUUCCAACAUGCCCAAGGUGAGGACAGUGGAGUUACCAGGCGAUCUACUGGAGGAUCACUUUGACACGACGGUGAGGAUGAGCACCUACCUGGUGGCCUACAUCGUGUCUGACUUCCAGUCGGUGAGCAGGACCACCCAGCACGGAGUGAAGAUUUCCAUCUACGCUGUUCCAGAGAAGAUCAACCAGACAGCCUUUGCACUGGAUGCUGCUGUUAAGCUGCUGGACUUCUAUGAUGACUACUUCGACAUUCCUUACCCACUUCCCAAACAGGACUUGGCCGCCAUCCCUGACUUCCAGUCUGGAGCCAUGGAGAACUGGGGGCUGACCACCUAUCGAGAGACCGGCCUCCUCUUCGAUCCGGACAGGUCCUCCGCCUCCGACAAACUGGGCAUCACCAAGGUGAUCGCUCAUGAGCUGGCUCACCAGUGGUUUGGAAACCUGGUGACGAUGGAGUGGUGGAAUGACCUGUGGCUCAACGAGGGCUUUGCCAAGUUUAUGGAGUUUGUCUCCCUGGACAUCACCUACCCAGAACUGCAAGUGGAUGACUUCUUCUUGGGAAAAUGUUUCGAAGCUAUGGAGGUGGACUCGCUCAGCUCCUCCCACCCAGUCUCCACCCCCGUGGAAAACCCCACACAGAUCCAGGAGAUGUUCGACGAUGUGUCCUAUGACAAGGGAGCCUGCAUUCUGAACAUGCUGCGUGACUUUCUCACUCCUGAGGCCUUUGAGAUCGGCAUCAUCCGAUACCUGAAGCGCUUCAGCUAUCAGAACACUGUCAACAGCCACCUCUGGGAGAGCCUGACUGACAUCUGCAGCUCAGAUGAUUUGGACGAAGGCCGAAUGAAGCACAAAGAGUUUUGCUCCAAACGCAAAGACGAGUCUGGAGCCUCUAAGUGGUACUCGGGUGAUGAGCUGGAUGUCAGGGCCAUCAUGGACACCUGGACGCUGCAGGAGGGCUUCCCGCUGGUCACCGUGGAGGUCAAAGGGCGGGAGGUCAGGCUGAGUCAGGAGCGCUUCCUUAGGACGGACAACCCCUCCCUCACUGAAGGGUUCUUGUGGCAGAUCCCGUUGACGUACAUGACCAGCGCCUCCCGCUCCGUCCACCGUUUCCUUCUGAAAACAAAAUCUGACGUCCUGUACCUGCCAGAGGAGGUGGACUGGGUGAAGUUCAACGUCAACAUGAGCGGCUACUACAUGGUCCACUAUGGCGGUGGGGGCUGGAACUCCAUCAUCUCCCUGCUGCAUCACAACCACACAGCCCUGAGUGGCAACGACCGGGCCAGCCUGAUCCACAACGUCUUCCAGCUGGUCAGUGUAGAGAAGGUGAGGCUGGACACGGCCCUGGAGCUGUCCCUUUACCUGUCCAGAGAGACGGAGAUCAUGGCGGUCUGGCAGGGCUUUGGGGAACUUGUACCUCUCUACAAACUGAUGGAGAAGCGAGACAUGCCUGAGCUGGAGAACCAGAUGAAGAGCUUCAUCGUGGAUCUGUUUCGGGGGCUGAUCGAUCAGCAGGAGUGGAACGACUCUGGCUCGGUGUCCCAGCGAGUGUUGAGGAGUUACCUGCUGCUGUUCGCCUGCGUCAGGAAUUACAGUCCCUGUGUGACCAAAGCCACGCGGCUUUUUAACCAGUGGAGGGAUUCUGAUGGCACCAUGAGCCUCCCUGUGGACAUCACCAUGGCCGUGUUUAUGGUUGGAGCUCGCACACGGGAGGGGUGGGACUUCCUGUAUGAGAAGUACCGCACGUCUCUGCAGAUGUCGGUGAAGAGCCGCUUGAAGUGGGCCAUGGCGGUAACAACGAUGACGGACAAGCUUCAGUGGAUGAUGGAGCAGAGCCUCAACGGGGAGGUGAUGAAGACCCAGGACCUCCCAGAUGUGAUCAUCUCUGUCGCCAGGAAUCCUCAUGGCUUUAAACUGGCGUGGGACUUCCUCAGAACCCACUGGCACACGCUGAUUCAGAAGUUUGACCUGGGAUCCAGCACUAUAUCCCACUUGGUAGCCGGAGUAACCAACCAGUACUCCACCAGAGAGAUGCUUCACGAGAUACGAAGCUUCUUCGACUCCCUGACAGAAGAGGCGGGUUCUCAGAUGAGGUGCAUCCAGCAGAGCUACGAGACCAUCGAGGACAACAUCCGCUGGAUGGACAGGAACCUUCCUCUGCUGCAGGCCUGGCUGAACAAACAUGGCAGCAGAAACCACCAUCAGGAGUUAUGAGGGGGGGUUAAGGGGUCACAGAAGCCAAAACAGAAGCAGGUCGAUGAUAGAAUUUCUAUAUUUUUACUUGAUGAAAAAGGUUUUACCUGAUGUAUUUUUUUUGAACGGGAACUAAAGUAUGAAAAUUAAUUUAUGCCAAUGGAAAGGUUUAGGGGUUUUGACAAAUUUAAAAAGGAAUUAUUGCAUAAUUUAAAUACAUUUUAAGUGCAUACGAUUGUAGCUUAAUUGGAUUAAAGAUUUUAAUUUUUUGUGAUGUAUUUUAGGCACAAAUUUGGGACCUGGACACUUUUUCUAAGAUUGAUCCUGAUGUGUUUCUGUGGGUUUGUGUUAACGGUAGGUUUUGCUGUGGGGGGCUAUGUUCAACAGCACUGACGUCUGAAUUUCUGUGAUUUUUGUUUUUAUUGCACUAUUUUUUUAAUGCUACAAAAAUUGUAAAUAAAAAAAAAGACUUUA